AAUGAAAUAUUUCUUAGUGGAUGAUUAAGGUGUCAAGGAUAAAAAUCCACUUUGGUUGUAAGUCGACUCUGUUUUAUUGAGCUUAAUGCAGCUGCAUGGAGAGGGUCCUACAGACAAAGAACAUAUCUCUUGGCAGUGUGAAAAGCAGCAUUUGGGUCUGGGAGAUACUUUGGAGAUGUGGUGGUUUCAGCAAGGUCUGAGUAGCUUGCCUUCAGCCCUCGUUAUUUGGUCAUCUGCUUCCUUUUUGUUUUCGUACAUUGCUGCAGUCCUCUUGCGGCAUGUUGACCCUUUGGUGCCAUACAUCAGUGAUACAGGGACAACACCUCCUGAAAGAUGUUUGUUUGGGAUAAUGUUAAAUAUUGCCACUCUUUUGGGCAUUGCUACCAUGUUUGUCCGAUACAAGCAAGUCAUUGCUUUGAAUCCUGAAGAUGCCAAGAUCCUCCGGUUAAAUAAGGUUGGCUUUGUGUUAGGAAUGGUUAGUUGCUUUGGGCUGUGCAUCAUUGCAAACUUCCAGAGAAGCACUUGGUUUUCCAUGCACGUAAUUGGAGCUGUCCUCACAUUUGGAAUCGGAGCUGUUUAUAUAUUGGUUCAGACCAUUCUUUCCUAUAAGAUGCAACCAGAGAUUCACGGGAAGGGCAUUUUUUGGAUCAGAUUGACAGUUCUGCUGUGGUGUGCAUCAAGCAUCGCAAGUAUGUUUAUUUCUUCCACCGUUUUAUACAGUGGCCUGUAUGGAACUGGUUUCAUACAGAAGCUGCACUGGGACCCGCAGGAGAAAGGUUAUGCCUUCCACAUCGUGAGCACAGUCUCUGAAUGGUCUUUGGCUUUCUCUUUCCUUGGCUUUUUCUUAACUUACAUCCGUGACUUUCAGAAAAUCACCUUGCGUACAGAAGCACUCCUUCAUGGGCACACUCUUUAUUAUGCACACCAGCAGCUUCUUGCAGAUGACCAAAGAAUGCCGACAGUAGAAAACAUAUGAGAACGAAACAGAGAAAAAGUGUCCUUUGGCUCAAACACUGUUCUCAUUUCUGAUAACUCAGGAAAUCUGACAACUAAUAUGCAACUAACUAGGGAUUGCCUGCUAGUCCCAUUGUCAUCAACCAGAUCUACAGAUCUAGAAAUAUUUUAGGAUCAGCACCUUCAAUGCAAGCAGUAAAAAGGUGUCUUUUUAUAUGAAAAUACUUUUUAUUAAUUAAGGAAUGUGACUGACGUCUCCAUUAUUAAUGAAGGAAUGUGACUGACCUCUGUUAUUUAUGUAAGUGCUUUCAAUUAACUCACAAAGGACUGCAAUUCUGAAUGUAAAAUAACAUUGGCAAUAGCACCCCGCAACAUUUCUUUACACAUUUUUAUAGAUUGAAUAAUAAAUGUACUAAUUAAAGUU